AUGAAGACGACGACGUUUCUACUACCGCUACUGCGCUUCGUCUCAACUCCCAACACCACCACGGCCACGACAUCCAGUAAUCAACCCCAUCAAAACCUGAGCAACAAAGGAUCAUCAAUAGGAGGAACAGGUGAACCCUUAGCACCAUCAAAAUCGACGCUAUACGUUUCUAAUCUAGAUUACUCCCUAACAAACUCCGAUCUCCAUACGCUCUUCUCUACUUUCGGCCGCAUCGCGCGUGUAACCAUUCUCAAAGACCGUCACACGCUCCUAAGCAGCGGUGUCGCGUUUGUCCAAUUCGUUUCUCGUAAUGACGCCCAACGCGUCGUGGCGGAGAUGAAAAGAAGAUUCUCAUGGAGGACUCUAACUGCUUCUAUUGCUGCUGAUAAUGGACGUGCUCCGGAGUUUAUUCGGAAGCGCGUGUACAAUACUGAGACUGCUUUGUGUUAUGAGUGUGGGGGGCAUGGUCAUUUGCCGUAUGAGUGUCCUAAGAAUCAGUUGGGGCCGAGGCCGCGGCCUCAGCCUAAGAAGCCGCGACGGGGAUUUAGUGGGCUGAGGGAUAGGGAUGGGGAGGAGGAAGGUGAUGAUGAUGAGGAGGAGGAGGGUCAGAUUGCUGCGGAGCAGUUUGACGAUAAUUGGGCUUCUGUUGUGGAUGAUGAAGCGGGUGAAAGGUUGCUGGGGAGAAACAGAAAUGAUGAUGAGGGUUUAGACAACAACAAGACGAAGAAGAAAGGGAAGAAAGUGGGUAGUUUGUGA